AUUUGUGAGAUAGCAGUUUUUAAUAAGUAAAAACCUAGAAGCAGAGAACAAUUACUAUCUCAUUGAUAUCUUCAGAUUUGUGAACUUGAAGAGCAUUCAUUCCUGUUGCAAACUCCCCCACUGUAUUUAACAAUAUAUCAUUUACCACUGUUAAGGACAUUUAUGGAAUCGUAGGUCUGUCUGCCAGAUCAGGGACAACUUGGAGCUAACAAUAAAGAUAGUAAGGCACUAUCUGUUGAUUAUUCCUCUCCUGUCUAACUUUCAAGAUUCAAUCAGAAGUACACAGAAACCAAUGAGCUAAAUAUAAACUGUAGAGUUUAAUUUGUUAAAAGAAAAAAGUGUCAAUAUUCUCAAGACAUUAUAAAGAAAUGAGCAGCAAAAGAAGGCGGUCUAAGAUGUCUUGUUAACGUUCACUUGCAGGUUUCAGACUGGCAUGUUGAAUUGAAGCAAAUAGACAGUGCUGGAGGUUGCUGAUUCUGCCUAUGUAAUUUGGCUUUUGGUUUCACUUACAGGCGUAUUCAUCCACUUGGAUACUGUUUUGAGAGACAAUGAAGGAAGCUGAGGAAGCGUGGGAGUGAGAGGAGGACAUGUAAGGUUAUAGUGGGAGAGGGAAAAGUAAGAGAUGGUUAGUGAAAGAAGAAACAGCAAGAGAACGGUACAGUAAGAUAGUGAGAGGAAAGGACAGUGAGAGAAAGGAACAGUGUGGGUGUGGGAAUAGUGAGAGAGGGAGUUAGUGAGAGGGGUUGCAGCUUACAGAAAAGUUCAAUGCCAUAGAGGGAAGGACAGUGAGAAAAGGGAACACUGCGAAAGAGGGACAGUGAAUAGGAGAGACAGUGAGAAAGGGGACUGUGCAAGAGAAAAAGAGAGACCAAGAGAGACAAAAAGAGAGAGAGUGAGAACGAGGAAGAGAGAGAGAGAGAGAGAGAGAGAGUGAGGACGAGGAAGAGAGAGAGUGAGAACGAGGAAGAGAAAGAGAGAGAGACAGUGACAGAGAGAGAGAGAGAGACAGACAGAGAGUAAAAUGCCUAGCAAUAUGGAGAUCAUGAGGAAUUCGGAGGAGGUACCAGACAAUAAUGAUUCAACAACCAACGAAAUAUCUGACUCACCAAAGAAAAUUGCUUCUCAACAAAAAUUGCUUAUAACGGCACUGUUGCUAUCUCGUCUGAUAGCCGCUUCGAUGUUCCCUCUACUAGAAGUUACCUAUCCAGCUGAGGCUAAACGUCGUGGAAUGAACAAUACUUUAAUCAGCUUGUUGUUUGGUGUUUAUCCACUCAUGAAUGUAUUUGCUCCACAAAUGGUCAAAAAAAUGGUCUAUCAUUUUGAAUUAAAACAUAUCAUAUAUGUUGCAAUCGGGUCUUCUGCCAUUAACACAAUUUUUUUUGGAUUGCUUAAAUACAUCCCUAAGCAGGGUUCUUAUAAUAUGGUGUUCAUCAUACUAAGUUUCAUUGUGAGAGCUUUAGAAUCUUUGGGUUGUGGUACACUCAAUACCACAGUUAUGAUAUUUUUCGCCACUGAAUUCCCAGAUGAUGUUAGUUGUUUAUUUGGUUUGUUUUUGAGUGCAAUUGGGCUUGGUUACUCAACUAGCCCCCUAUUUGGAGGAAUGCUUUAUGAUCUUGGUGGAUUCGAUUUACCUUAUCUGAUAUAUGGUGCACUACUUGCCAUUUGUUUACCAUGCGAUAUAUACCUUCUAAGAAGGAGCUCGAUUUUCUUUUCUCAGACGGAGAUAGGAGCGAUGUACUGUCUGCUCAGUAUCAAUUAUAGCCUCGCCUCCUUAUUGAACGUUCGGAUAGCGUAUAAAGUAUCAGAUUCGAAAAGUCUGCUCAUUGUGUCAAAUAUUUUACUUGCUAGCGCAUUAUUGCUCUGCGGUCCAUCGCCUUUCUUGGGAAUAGAACAUAAAUAUAUUUGGUUGGAUAUCGUUGGUAUUAUACUAUUUGGGUAUUUCUAUAAUCUGUCAUCCGUGAUAAUAUAUAAGUUGCUUUGUGAGUAUGUUUGUGGCGAUAAAACGGAGCAAACUUUACAAGAAUCCAGUACAAUAAACAGCAUUUUCUACACAAGUAUAUAUGUUGGACAUCUCACUGGAUUUAUAAUUGCUGGACCUAUUUUAGAUAUAUUUGGCUAUAGAUGGAGUCUUACCCACAUAGCAUUUCUUAUAUUAUUAACUACUUUACUUUUGACAUGUCAGAUAUUGUCAAAAUAUUUACCAAAGAUUGAAGAUUUUAGAAAACUAUGGAACAACAAAGACGAAGGAAAACAUCUUCUGAAUUCCAAUAAACACCAACUUCAUGACCGUCCCUGAACGUCAAAAACUAAACAAUUUUCCAUUGACGUCGUAGUGGAAAUCUACAGCUGCCCACGCAAAUUCUUAUUGCUUUUAUUAUUAUUAGUUAAAAGGUUGCUGGGCUGGUAAAAGCUGUAAAGCGUUGGGAAAAAUGCCUUGCGUUAAUUGUUCCGUUUCUAUAUAUUUUGAGAUCAAACACUUCCGAGGUUAACUUUGGCUUUCAUUCCUCCGAAGCAAAUAAGAUAAUGUACAAAUCAAGCUCUGGGUUAGAUUAAAUUGACAGAUCUCUUCCUGUAAAUCUUCAGGUUCUUUGCCUAUAUUAGAAACAAUUAUUGUUAUUGGUUGAAAGGCAAAGCACAGGACACUAACUUGUGGAAUUUGUUCUGUUACUUUACAUUCUCAUUUCAAAUCCUCUCAUGGGCAACUUUGCCUUUCAUCUCUCUAGGAUUAAUAAAAUAAAGUACCAAUCAA